UAUUUCAGCCAGCACGCUACAAUAUGGUUAGGGAUUUUUAACGACCCAUCAAACGUCAAAGAGAUGGUCUGGUUCAACAGCACGGCCAUUGAAUACAAUAACUUCAAUUCUCCGACCAAGGAUAUUUUGGAUGGCAUGGCAGCCAACAAAACAAACUCCACCGACCUGUGUAUGUAUGCAGAAGUGACCGACAACAUGAUAUGGAAAAUCAAACACUGCGAAGAAAAGAUCGACUUUGGGUGCGAGAUAAUUGGUCCUGAUAUACAAGUUUUGCCAGCAAGUUUAAAGGACGUAAUUUGCCCAGACCUGCUGAAAAUGACCUCGGACGACAUUACGCGCGGGGGUGUCAUCCCUAGUCCCAACAGUACAAAGAAUACCAAAGCGGACACGUACGGACAUUUUAAACGGGAGGAUAUGCUACACUCUAUGGGAAAAGGGAUUGGUUAUGAGAAAACGGAAAGCGACGUCGAUUGUCUAUUAAGUUGUUUAAUGAUACCAGGUUGUAAUGACGUAAUCAUAUUAGAUAAAUUUCACUGUCUCUUGUAUCAACAAUAA